CUCUGGUUUCUCGCUUCCAGAGCGUCGAGGGCAGGUGUUGUCACCGGCGGGCGAGCCUAGGUCUCAGGCUGAGCCGCGGGUUCGGGACCCGAAGUCCCUUCCGACGUUCUGCAGCUGUAAUCGACCUGGGUUGGCUGGCCGCCGCGCCUUCUGUUCUUGCACUACAAUUCCCAGACUGCCGCGCGCCCGGGCAGCGCGCAGGCGCGGCGCCGGCGGCGGCGCAGGGGGGAACCAGCCGCACCGACAGUGCGGGCGAGGUGGGGGAACCGCUGGCGGCAGGCUGCGGCGACUCCUGGGCAGCGGACGCGGGCGGACCGGCCAGGGCUGCGAGCCUAGGAGCGGCCGGCUGUCGGCAGUUUCCGCGGUUCUGUGAGGGGGGGCUUGGCGGCCGCAGCGGCGCGUCAGCAUUAAGAACAAGUAGAAAUUACUUCCGACUUUACUGAAUAGCAAAUAUUAAGUGAUUCCCUAUACUGCAAAUCAUGGCAUUACCAUUCCGGAAGGACUUGGAGAAGUACAAGGACCUUGAUGAAGAUGAACUCCUUGGGAAUCUGUCAGAAGUGGAAUUGAAACAACUGGAAACUGUUCUGGAUGAUCUUGAUCCAGAGAAUGCCCUCCUGCCUGCAGGGUUUCGACAGAAGAAUCAGACGUCAAAGUCUGCCACAGGACCAUUUGACAGGGACCACCUCCUGUCCUAUCUGGAAAAGGAAGCACUGGAGCACAAGGACAGGGAAGACUACGUGCCCUACACCGGAGAAAAGAAAGGGAAGAUAUUUAUUCCCAAACAAAAACCUGUGCAGACUUUCACUGAAGAAAGCAUCGCUCUGGAUCCCGAACUAGAAGAGGCGCUGACGAGUGCUUCCGACACGGAGCUGUGCGACCUCGCGGCCAUUCUUGGGAUGCACAAUUUGAUAACGAAUGCACAGUUCUGUAAUGUCGUGGGAAGUAGUAACGGCGUCAACCAAGAACAUUUUUCAAAUGUGGUAAAAGGUGAGAAGAUUGUUCCAGUAUUUGAUGAGCCACCGAAUCCAACCAAUGUUGAGGAGAGUUUAAGGAGAAUUAAAGAAAAUGAUGCUCGUCUUGUUGAAGUUAAUUUGAAUAAUAUUAAGAGCAUCCCGAUUCCAACCCUAAAAGAUUUUGCAAAGGCUUUGGAAACCAACACCCAUGUGCAGAAUUUCAGUCUCGCAGCCACUCGGAGCAAUGACCCCGUUGCUGUUGCUUUUGCAGAUAUGCUGACAGUGAACAAAACGUUGAAGAGCUUAAAUAUGGAGUCCAACUUUAUUACAGGAACUGGCGUUCUGGCAUUAAUUGAUGCUUUAAGAGAUAAUGAAACGCUGUCAGAGCUCAAGAUUGACAAUCAGAGGCAGCAGUUGGGGACGGCUGUGGAACUGGAAAUGGCCAAGAUGCUAGAAGAAAAUACAAAUAUUCUGAAAUUUGGGUAUCGGUUUACACAGCAGGGACCCCGAACCAGAGCAGCUAAUGCUAUAACGAAAAACAAUGACUUAGUGCGCAAGAGACGCGUUGAGGGAGACCAGCACUGAGCCCCCCGCAGUGUGACCUCCGGAAGAUUUCCACAGACCACCAGCGGCUCCUUUUGGGGACAUCGGAAGUAGAAUUUUCCUGGAUACAAGGGAAAAGACUGGAAAUACAUAUUUUUAAUUAAUCUUUUUUCAUAGUUUAAGUUGUUGUCAGUUUCAGAUUGUAAAGUGAAUAAGUUAGUAGGUGGUAUUUCAUAUUUU